UCUCAUAUACAUAUAGCGAGGUACAUAUACUUACACCUAUAAACCUACUUAUUGUAUCAAUAUAUAUAUAGCCCCGGGACUUGGGGUUUACGACGGCAGACGACGUCCGGCAGCCGACCAGCGAGCACCGACGACGACGACGACGACCACCACCACGAAGAAGACAGCCCGCGGCACAGUUGUAUAAUAUUCCGCAAAGGCCGGACAAGCGCCGUGAUAUGGGAUGCGCCGGGAGCAAUCCUUUGCCGGCGGGCGACGCGAUGGUGGCGUCGGCCACAACCGACAGUCGCACGGUCGCGGUCGACCCGCCGCCGAUGUCCGACACCGAAAAAGCGUGUUCGAUCGUCAAGAAGGUGGUCGGCAGCGUCAACGUCGACGACGUGGUCAAAAAAAUCCAAGACGUCGGUGGAAGCAUGGAAAAUUUGAUGGACGAGACUCAAGAAAAAUUCAGUUCAAUAUUUGGAAAAGCAGAAAAACAAGUUAAUGAUGUAGAAAAAUCAGUAGAAGACAAAGUAAACGAUUUUACUUCAACUAUGCCAGAAAAACCUAAAAUACAAGAAGUUAUUCUUCUUACAGUUGAAGAAACUAGAGUAAUACCAAUAGACAUACUCAAGUGUGAAGUUCUAACAAAUGGAAAUGAUGCCGUGGUUGAAGAGGUAAAUAACAAUACAAAAGAAGAACAGACAGAAAUAAAAGCAGAAGAUUCUCAUAUCGAUGUAAAUGAAAAACAAAAUGAGGAAGAAGAUAAAGUUGAAGAAGAAAAAGUUGAAGAAGAAAAAGUUGAAGAAGAAAAAGCCGAAGAAGAAAAAGUCGAAGAAGAAAAUGUCGAAGAAGAAAAAGUUGAAGAAACAAAAUCUGAGGAAGAAGUGAAGGAAGAAGAAGAAAAAGAAGAAGAAAAAAUUGCUGAAAAAGAAAAAGCUGAAGAAAAUUAAGUAGAAGAGUAAAUAUCAAAGUAGGCAAAUUAACUAAAGGACGGCUCAAAACUAUAUUAAAUACAUUUUAUACCUACAAAGAAAAAGCUAUUUGAAAGAUUUAUAUACCUAUAGUGGAAUUAAUAAUUUUAUACAUUAUAUUUUUUGAUAAAAUUUUAUAGAAUUAAAAUUGCAUUACCAAUGUAUAGUUAUUUUAUUAUAUUGUAUACGGUUUUAAGAUAAUUUUUUUAUACUUAAUAAAAACAAUUUUAAAUUUAAAUCUACCUUACACAUUGAACUUGUUGACGAAUUUAACAGGACACAAAUGGACAUUUUCCGCCUAAAAGGCACCGUUAGACUUCAUAAGUAGAUUUUUAUUAUUUUUAAAUCGAGUAUAUUAUGAGUAAUUAUUAUUUAUUACUGAGGGUUGUAAAGCUUAGUAUGGUAAUAAAAUAAAUUAAAAUUAUUUGAUAGUAUCAGGAGUACUAUGUACAUUGACUGUGAUAUAUAAUUAUAAUUAACUAUAUUAUAGAAAAAAGCAAAAACCAUGGAAAGAACAAUCAAUUAUUAUUUGUAAAAGGACUUGUCAAAAAUGUGCAUCCUUCUAGUAAAACCUGAAAUAUCGGCACUGUAUUACAAUUUAUUAAAUUACAAAAUUUCAAAUAAAUGAUUGC